AUGCCUAUAGCUUCUUUGGACUAUACAGAUAUUAUUGAAGAUGCUGCAAUAGAAUCAGAUUACAAUAUUAUUCUACUUGAAUUUUCUAUUCUAUUAACACUCUCCUCUUCAUAUAAACAACCCCCUAGAAAAGUCCCUCUUUGGAAACAAGCAUCAUCUGAACAAAUCCAAAAUAGAACUAGAUAA